CCGUGGACGUCACCCUCAUGUAUUUCCUGGAAAGAGUUAUAAGAGCAAUCCCUGGUUCUUCAGUCCUGAAAGAAGGGGCCGUUUCUCAGGAUCACUUCCACUGGGAUCUUCUAACCUUUGACCCUGCACGCCGAAAAAAUUAAGAGGUGAUUUUUGAGUACAAGCAACCGGACUGUGGUUUCUUCUGGAAAGGCCUUGACUCUGCGCCAGGAGCUGGUUUGAUCGGAGUAACAGAGGAUGCCCGGAUCGAGCGGCGUCAACGUGGAGGGCUCCUGUGAGGCCCUGUGUCGAACCCUGGUGUCCCAGAACGGCCUCCAGAGAGAGACGGCGGACAUCUCCCAGUCCGUCCUCUACACGUCGCUCAUGGGCCUGCUGCUGGUCACCGACAACGAGAAAGAACAGCUCACCAUAGGAAGUGGAAGAGUUGGCCUUAGAAACAUCGGAAACACGUGUUUCCUGAACGCAGUCGUCCAGUGUUUGUCUCACACACGUGGACUGCGGGACUACUGCCUCCUCCAGUCCUACAAGCGGGAGAAGUUCUCCAAGGAGGAGGCCAAGCUUAUGGAGGCUUUCUCCCAGGUGCUGUCCGGCCUCUGGGAAGCGAAGGGAGAUGCAGUCGUGAAUCCCCGACAGCUUUAUUCUGUCUUCAAAGACGCCGUGCCUUACUUCAGCGGUUACAGUCAGCAGGAUGCUCAGGAAUUCCUCCGGUUCCUUCUGGACAAACUGCACACGGAAAUAAACCGCAGGCCGUAUGUAAGACGAGUGGAGAGGGAAGUUGAACAAAAAUAUGCCAGAUUUAGGCUUUCGGAGGAGGCGGCCGUCAUGUGGAAGAAGCACUUGGAGAGAGAUGACAGUAUGAUAGUCGACCUGUUCUCGGGUCAGCUGCGGAGCUCGCUGCAUUGCUCGGUCUGCUCUCACUACUCCAACACGUUCGACGUGUUCUGUGACCUGUCGCUGCCGAUCCCCAAGAGGAGCGCCGCGGGAGAGGUCACGCUCAGGGAGUGCCUGGACCUUUUCUCUCAGGAGGAGAAGCUAGACAAGGAGAAUUCACCCAUGUGUGAGCGGUGUAACCGGCGUACGGAGUGCACGAAGCGGCUCUCCAUCCAAAGGUUCCCCCAGGUCAUCGUGAUCCAUCUGAAUCGCUUCACCACCUCCAGGUGGUCCAUCAGUAAGAGCACAGUGUACGUGUCCUUCCCUCUCACCAACCUGGACCUGGGACCCUACGGCCCUGCUGACUGCGGCUCGGUUCUGUAUGAUUUAUAUGCUAUAUGUAACCAUGCUGGCACGGUGAACAUGGGGCAUUACACCGCCUGCUGUGCGGAUGAGAACGGCUGGUGCUUUUACAACGAUUCCAGUGUGUCUCCGCUCACAGUGAGCCAGCUACAGACCAAUCAAGCCUAUGUGCUGUUCUACCAGCGCAGCAACAGCGCCGCAACCAUCAGGAAGUAGAGCCGGGAAUGGCUGAGCCAGGCAGCCAAUCAGGGAAACGUUACCUCCAGUGUCCAUAGAAACCCAUAGAAGCUGCAGUGUUUGUACUUCUUACAUCUCUAAACUUCUCCAUCUCAGUGGGCAUGUCCUUAAAUGAACUCCAAGAGGGAGGAGGGGGAAGGACUUGAGCAGAUGAUCUCCCCUCCUCAGUGAGAGAGCUGAGACUACAGCCUUAAGAGUCUCUGCCCCAGUUCUCAGGCAGGACUCAGGGAUGUACUUGAACACUACGCAGAGCUCUGAACACAACUGUGAUUCAUGCUUGCAAAUAUCAACUCGGAUAAACAAAACAAAACCUCUGAUGGAACAGAAAGUAUGCAUCAUCCUAUGAGACGUUACAUACACAUGUAUGUUAACUCAAAACUAUAUAACAUUUUGCAGCAAGAACAUUUAAAAAAAAAAACAUGUUCCAACAACUUUAAUGACUUCAUGACUUUGAAAAACUGUAAAAAGUUCAACAACGUGAUGAAAUGUUUGAGAUGAAACUGCAAAGUCUGUAAAAAGACAAUGUGAAUGUGAAUGAUGGAAGCCGAGUUGUGUAGGAAGGUACAUCAGGACAGAAACUUUACCUGUGACCUCCAGAAGAGAAGCCAGGAUCCUUUAGGUGACAAGAACUGUCAACAGAUUCUGUUCAAGCUCAGCUCUUUGGCUUCAGUCACUAAUGUAGUUUGGAGGUUAAAGAAAAGCAGCACCCAAACAUUGGCAUACAAUUGAAUGAAAUGCUCAUUGAAAUGCUCUUAUUUGAUUUCAGCUUUUGUGAAAAUAUACUCCAAACAUGUGUAGCCUAUGCUUUGUGCUUCCAAUGUCAGUCUGCUACCGGCAAUUAACUGUGAACAUUGAAAUUGGAUUUAAAAUUUAUAAUCAUUCCUUUGUAUAUAUGUAUUUACUGAUUCUUUUUUACCUUUGUGUUUACUGUUGUAGCAAAAAAUAUUUUGUACAUAAAACACACAUCACUCAACUGAAUGUAUUGCAUUUAUCUUUAAAUUAUUGAACUGUAACAAUCAAUAAAAUACCAAAA